AUGAAUCAGAUCAAGGCUAUCCAAAGAAUCAAUGAGAAGGAACUAGAAGCUGGUAUACUAAAGCCGGAACACUCCUGGCAUCAGGAAUACAAGGAUCAGGCAUACAUAUUCAUUGGAGGAUUGAACAGACAGUUGACAGAAGGUGAUUUACUUACCAUAUUUUCACAGUAUGGCGUCCCCGUUGAUGUAUUACUUGUCCGUGACAAGGAGACUCACGAAUCAAAGGGUUUUGCAUUCCUGAAAUAUGAGGAUCAGAGGUCAACAAUCCUUGCCGUUGAUAAUCUCAAUGGCAUAACAGUGGCUGGUAGACAAAUUAAAGUCGAUCACAUCUUUUUCACCCCUCGAGAUGACAUACCUGAAUACACAGAAGCAGUAAGAGAGUUUUUAUCGAAAGAUAAAAUAGAUAUCCAUAAGGACCAUUUAUCAACCGAUAACAUUCAAAAGGAAACCAAAUACACAAAUAAUGAAGAAGAUGAGUUAAAUGACCCUAUGGCCAGCUACUCAAGAUAA